GAAAAAACGUGAGAGAACGAGUGUAACAUGCGAAAUGCUGUGGCCAGUGUAAACACAUACAAGGUGUAGGGAGCAUAGGGUACAACUAAACAUAUGUAUCAGGUCAAUGUCAUAUAAUUAAAACUAAUAUGAUCAUGCUCCGGAUAACUUGUUUGAGAUGCUUGGAUGUAAAACAUAUCCGCUUCACAUGCUUGACCAUGCACUCGUCAAGCAAUUGGCAAAAAUCAUGCGUUCAUACAUCGGUCAGUAACUAUAAAACUAUCAAAGAAAUGAGAGAGCUAAAACGUAAUAAAGGCGUUGUGAAGCCUGUCUUUGAAAUAGACCAUGUGCCAUCCUCUGUGAGAGCUGUUCUAGAAAAUAGGAAGUUGGAAAAUUCUGAGGUGAAAGUAGAUGAUGGAAAAAAAGAGGAAAUGACAUUACAGAGACUAAAAUCUAACCUCCGGUCUAUUCAAUGGGACACGAAUGCUCUCAUUAAAAAAGCAAAUGAAUCUGCAAAGCAUGAUGAUCACCAAAUGUUUAAAAAUAACGAAAAUCUUGAUGGAUUCACAGAAACUAUUGACCUCGAUUUAGAUCGACAUGCAGCUAAACGCAGAAGGAAAAGCAGACACUCAGAGUCACGGACACAACCAGACCCCAGCAUACCAAUAUCUGAUAUUCCUUGUAAAGGAUGCGGUGCCAAUUUGCACUGUCAGCAAUCUUCAUUAGCAGGCUACAUAUGCAGCACAAAGAUCAAAUCAUCUACUAUUGAAGAGCUCAAUGAUACUUUAUGUGAGAGGUGUUAUUUGUUGAGGAGACGGAAGCUGACUCUGAAAGUUGAACUUGAUGAGGAUCAGUUUCCAAAGCUAUUUGAAAAAAUACGGUCAGAGAGGUGUCUAGUUCUGCUAGUACUAGAUUUACUUGACAUACGCAAUAGUAUUCCUAAAAACAUAGUAGAUCUAAUCGGACCUAAAAAAGAUUUAUACAUCCUAGGUAGUAAAGUUGAUAUGAUUCCAAAAGAUGGAAAUGGCUUCCUGGAGAGGAUAGAAUCAGGGCUUCUUGGUGCCUGUAUGGAAGCAGGCAUAGAUGUACAUGGAAGUCAUGUUCGUCAUAUUGGUCUAAUCAGCAGUGUUACUGGUUAUGGCAUCGAAAAUCUUAUCACAAAACUAAUGACUGAUUGGGAAGUUAAAGGAAAUGUUUAUUUGGUUGGUCAUAUGAAUGCAGGAAAAUCAACGUUGUUCAAUGCGCUGUUACGGUCUGAUUACUGUAAAUUUUCUGCCCGGAGUGGAAUUCCAAGAGCCACUGUAGCUGAUUGGCCAGGAACAACAGCAAAUAUUCUCAAAUUUCCCAUUACCCGCCCAAUGGGAUGGAAGCUGGCCAAGCGUGCUGAACGGUUCGGUAAACACAGAAGUGUAUAUCAAAAGGAACUUGAGCUAAGGCGUUCAAAGGCCAAGGAAGGCAACUGGAAGUACGCUUCACUGGCAGAUAUGGUGGCCACUACAGAUUUCCGAGAGGAUAGGGAUAUAGAGGAAGCUUAUAGAGAGCUAGACCAGUAUAAAGGCCAUGAUUCUGCUAUGUAUGAGUACUCCAAGAAUAAAAUACUUGUCAAGAAAAAAGAUCUACCUGUCAAGGAAAAGACGCAGUUUGACAUUAAGAAGUAUGAAAGAUCUACAUGGCUGUGUGAUACCCCAGGAAUCAAAAAUACAGAGUCGUUGCUGACAUAUCUACAGCCAGAUGAACUCAGUGUCAUCAUUCCUGCCAAUAUAAUGAUGCCACGUCCCUUCCUUCUCAAACCCGGAGAAGUUAUAUUUGUGACAGGGUUGGGGAGAGUCGACUACCUUGAGGGAAAUUCUCCUGUGUUGAUCACAACAUUUGUGAACUCCAGGCUGCCAGUGAUUGACUGUACAUUAGCUGAAGCAGACAAAAUAUAUCAGGAAAAUAUCGGCAAAGACAUGUUCAUGGUGCCAAUUGGUGACCAGAAUCGUCUAAAUGAAAUACCAGCUUUGGUUGGUAAAGAAUUCACAGUUCAGAGAAGUGAUUACAUGACAGCAGCCGCAGACAUACAGAUGUCAUCUCUUGGUUGGAUAUCAGUGACUGUACUAUUCGGUAAUGAGGGUGAUGAAGCUAAAGUGAAAGUUUACACUCCAGGAGGAAAAGGACUUUAUAUACGUUGUCCUUCCCUGCUUCCUAACACCCACACAUUCAAGGGGACCCGGAUCAACCAUACCCGGAGAUAUCGGAGGCGCAAACCACUUGUGUGAUACUGUAUACAAGUGUUGUAAGACUUUAUCACUGUCCUUCAGAAAGAUAUAGUUGAAAGGUGUUAUGCAAAAUGGCAUCAGUAGUGUGAAAUCUACUGAACUUGAUGCUGUCUAAGUUACAUUUUGUUGUGGAGAUGUAUGGAACAGUUACCCUGUUAUAUAGCAGAAUGUGAGCCCAUCCGUGUCUUUAAGUCUAAAGGUUAUUUCCAUCCAGUAUCAAUCUGUAUCAUUGUGCUGACCUAUAAGGACUCUACAAAGUAGAUUGUAUACAACUCUUGACGUUCAUGAUGAUGAAAUGAUUUGACCUAAACAAUCUCCACAAGACCAAUUCAGGCACUAAGUGAUUAUGAACAACAUAACAACUUCAUACUUUAUUAUCUUCAACAUCUCCUCCAAAUAAAUUUUCUUUUUUACUUUCCAGAAGAAUGACUCACAAUGUUCAGAACAUUAAAAUCAUUCUGAUAUACAAGUAUACAUCACUAGUAUGAUACGCUAUGAUAGGACAUUGGAGUUACCUCCCCUUACCUGAAAGCCAUUAAGUUAACAAAAGAAAAUUCUUUCUUUUUUUUAAAUGAAUGCAGUUACUGGUCUGAUUUUAUGUAAUGUAUUGCUUUUUAUUUUGAGUUGAACUUGAGAUUGUACCUUGAAACUGAUCAUGCAGUUUAUGAAAAUUUAAGUAGAAGCCAACAACUAUUGUGUAAUUUUUCAUUUUCGUAGGGUUUUCAAUUUCAUUUUUAAUAUGAAUAUGCUUUUUCAUUCUAUUUUGUGGAUAAAUCUAGAGCUUGAAAUCCACUAGUAAUAUAAUCUCAUUUUUUUUUUGUUGACAUAGAAAAUUAUCGAUUAAGUUUACCCACAAUUUUAACAAAACCCAAUGAAAAUGAUUGAUUUUACAAUAAUCAUUUAAAAAAGUUAAUCAAACGGAGUCUAACUAUUGGUGUGAAUUCUUCAAACAGAGCUGUAGGUUUUAUAAUGAAAGUUUAUUUAACUUCAUGGAUUUAAGUCAUUCCUGUAUAUGAUCAUGAUAAGAAUCAUAUACAUGUAUUUGGUAUUGAGGAUAUCUGAAUUGUUACAUGUAUAUUUACUGUUGAGAAAUAUAAAUUCAUGCUGUGAUUUUAGUAAAGACAUGUUCAUUUACUAUUUAAUGUCAAACUUUAUGACAAGAAAGAAACUGUAUGAGAACUUACUGCAUUGAAAUAAAAUGGAGUA